AUGCAGUCAACAUCCCGACCCCUCGCCCGUCUCCUCUCUUCUCACCUGCUCGUCUCAGCAUCAGCAUCAAGACCAACAACCUCGCUCCUCCUCCGGCCCAGCGCACUUUCGCUCCCCUCCUCCCAGCCACGACGAUUCGCCUCGAGCAGUAGUGAUAGUGUCGAUCAGGCUCGGUUGGACUUGCAGAGGAGGCAGAGCAAGAUGGCUGACAAGUUGGGAAGGAUGAAGCAAGACCUGGGGCAGGUACGUUCAGUUGAGAACGGCGACGACGGGCAGUUGCUUGGUGAGCUGAUUCGCAACGUGCAUUCGUUCGGGCGCAACACAACAAACAGAUGAUCUCGGCUCCUGUAUUUGGUGAGCACCUGCUCGUCUGCACAGAUCAGUUUCCGAUCACUGAAACUGACGUUCCCUCUUCCCAGCGAACCACAUCCCACCUCGGAAUGGUCGUCAAUUCGCGAAAGGGACUCGGCUCUCGGUCAAGAUGCGCUACAUGUGGCACGACACCCUCAACACAGUACAAUCACUAGACGUGUAAGAUACUUCCAAGGGCUCGGUGGAAUGUCGUCACCAACUCACCAGAAGUACCAUCGCUUUCAACAGCCGCCGCAAGCUCAAGAAAGUGCUAGGGUCGGGCUGGUACAACCAUUUCCAGGACCGGUCCUUGAUCGCCUACAAGAUCUCGAACCAAGCCAUGGCGACGUAAGCUGCAAAUAAUGAUGCAUCAAGCGAUACUUGAGAACUAAAGCAUCAUAUCCUACCACCUCCUCCCCCCUCUCCAGUGGCAACUUUGACGCGCUAACCCCUCUCGCAACCCGAGCCGUGAUCGACCAAAUCAAAGCAACGCGCGUUCGAUCGUUCUCCCCCCGCCUCGGCCUCUCGUGGAAGUUGCACGACGUCGUCUCGCAGACGCUUGUGUGCUCGAGGCAGAUGGAGCUGUACAAGGUCGGGGAGGGGUACGCGCAGAUUGCUGUGAGGUUCGUCACGAUGCAGGUAAGUUUUGAAUGGAUGGAGAUGGGAGGAAAGUGAAGGAGAAGAUGGGACGUGCACUGAUUAUUUGGUCUUCCUGUUGGUGGGUUCGUAGAGCUUGGAAGUGCGGGACCCGAUGGGAAAGUUGAUUGGGAAUGGGUCGCAUGAGGCACCUCAAGAAGUGAUCGAGGUCAGUCUGUGCACGACGAUCUUUCCCGGGGGGUGAAAUCUGCGCUGGGAGCUUUCAGCUGAUUAUCAUCGCGCUUUGCUUCAUUGAUUUUCAGUACUGCGUCUUCCAAAGGGAGGUGUGGCACCCCAAAGACGAUUGGACCAUGAUCAAAAAAGGCGCCAACGAAACGGAUUUGAUCGCCAACCCGGCCGAUCAGGCUUAG